ACCAUUGCGGGCAUUCUUAUACUCCUAGUACUACUUGUAACACUUGAGUAACAACAAACAAACCUCACUCCUCCCAAAUGGACAUUCGGCCAUGGAAACACUACUCCGCCACAUUCCGGCGAGUCAUGAUGGUGGCUUGGAUGUUGUUUAUGGCCAUUUCAGGGGGGCGGAGGCUAUGCGAUUGCAAGUGUGCUUUCGAAGCUAUUUUCAACUUUGGUGACUCGAAUUCUGACACCGGCGGGUUUUACGCUGCUUUUCCAGCCGAGUCAUUGCCUUAUGGAAUGACCUACUUCAGGAAACCGGUUGGCAGGGCUACUGAUGGAAGGCUCAUGAUUGAUUUCUUAGCUCAAGCGAUAGGGUUGCCAUUUUUGAGCCCAUAUUUGCAAUCCAUUGGGUCUGAUUACAAACAUGGAGCCAAUUUUGCAACAUUGGCAUCUACGGUGCUGCUGCCCAAGACUUCCUUGUUUGUCACUGGGGUCAGCCCUUUUUCUCUGGCCAUUCAGCUCAACCAAAUGAAGCAAUUCAAGUCCAAAGUUGAUGAAUCUCACACGAAAGGAAUAUUUGGGAAACUUCCACCACCAGGUAUAUUUGGGAAAUCACUGUACACGUUUUACAUUGGUCAGAAUGACUUCACUCGAAACUUGGCUUCUCUUGGUAUAGAAGGAGUUAAGCAGUAUCUUCCUCAAGUGGUUGCCCAAAUUGCAGGCACCAUUAAGGAUUUAUACGUGCUAGGUGGGCGAACUUUCCUGGUACUUAAUCUUGCUCCAGUGGGUUGUUACCCCGCGUUUCUGGUGGAGCUUCCACACAAUAGAUCCGACCUUGAUGCCUUUGGGUGCAUGGUUUCCUACAACAAUGCAGUGGUGGACUAUAACAACAUGCUCAAGGCAGCCUUAACCCAAACUAGACAAGCAAUCCCAGAUGCUUCUGUCAUAUAUGUGGACACUCAUGCUGUGUUGUUAGAACUCUUCCAGCACCCCAUACCACAUGGGUUGAAGUAUGGAACCAGAGCAUGUUGUGGAUAUGGGGCUAAUGCCUACAACUUUGACCCAAAGGUGUACUGUGGAAACACCAAGGUGAUUAAUGGGAGCACUCUCACAGCAACAGCUUGUGGUGACCCAUACAACUAUGUGAGUUGGGAUGGAAUACAUGCCACUGAGGCUGCAAACAAACUCACUGCUAAUGCAAUUCUCAAUGGCUCCUACUUUGAUCCUCCCUUUCCACUCCACCAGAUUUGCGACCUUCAACCUCUAGUGUAGCCUUAUUUUCAGACCUCCCAAAAGCUGUUUGUUGACAUAUUUGGCGUAUCUUGCGCUUGUAACUUAUUUUCCCGAAAUAGUUUAAAUAUGGAGAAAAAAAGCUGAUUAUCUA